GUGAUGGUUAAAAGUUUCCAGGCAACCUUGUCUUCUGUCUUAACCUUGGUAUUACAGUACUGUUAUACCAAGGUUAACGAAGCUAGAAAUCAGCUUUUAAUUAAAUGAGUAGUAUGAAUGUUAUUCGUUUGUGUUCUCUAAGUCCGUGAAAUGUGUUGUGUUAAUAAAACAGUAUUCUUCUUAUAUUUUCUAAGUUUUCUACAAAUCUGGAGUCACACAGCUUUUAUAGUCGAUAAGAAAGAUGAAUGUGUGCAAGUACAAAACUGUCCCCACGUUAACGAAAUAAUAAAAACAAAGAAGGAUACUUUUGCAGGUACAACUCUACUAACUCUUUUACAUUGUAAAUUCGAGAACAGUCGCAUCUACGUGAACUGUCCAAACCUACAAGAAGUCACGAAGUUCAUGGAUAGUGGCCAACUUAUCCCAAAUUAUGACAGCUGUGGAGUAGAUGCUUCAGAAGAGAAAAUAUCAGGAGGAGAGAAAACUGACAUUGACGACUAUCCAUGGAUUGGUCUGAUAAAAUAUCGCACAAAAAAAGGUAACAUGCUUCAUGGGUGCCAUAGCAGCCUUAUUACUAAGAGGUAUCUAUUGACUGCCGCUCACUGUGUUGAUCCAAACAGGUUGAACCUAGACGGUCUAAACUUAAUUUCCGUGGUUUUGGGUGAGUAUGAUGUACGGAGUGAAACGGAUUGCAUAGGUGACGACUGUGCUGACAAAAUUCAAGAGGUACCUGUGCAAUCCUACCACAUGCACCCUGAUUAUAAGCUAAGUACGUUCACAGACGACAUCGCUUUAAUACGCAUGAGUCGUGAAGUAGAGUACACAGAUUUCAUCAAACCGAUUUGUUUGCCUCCGACAAAUUUAAUCGCACCUUUUAAUCAAACGCUGCUGAUUGCCGGUUGGGGUAAUACAGAAAAAGGCGUGAUGAACCCAGUUAAAGUCCACGCGAGGUUUAUGCUCAGGCGUAAAGAAACCUGUCGAGUGAACCGUGUCCUCACCAGCAAACAGUUUUGUGCAGGGUCCACCCACAACGCCCAAACCUGUCCCGGCGAUUCCGGAGGCCCCCUCAUGAUGAGAAAAAAACUCGACACUGGUAGGUUAUUCCUCAUCGGUGUGUAUUCCCUGGGAGUGGGUUGCCAGUUCAGCACCAACACCUCGAUCUACACGAAAGUUUCUCCUUACGUCGAUUGGGUCAUCACGACUAUUCACAAAUGAAAAGUUUAAUUCGUCUUAAAUAGAAAAGAAUUGGUCGAAGAUUGUUCCGACAGAACUUCGCUCGCCCCUGAAGUGCAAUGAAACAUAGCCAGAUUUUCGAAAAAUUAUAAAAUUUGAUUUGCGAAUUUUAUUUUUUACAAGUUGAAAUAAACGUAAAGAAGCGUGAUAAAAA